AUGGCUGCUUCUGAUCUACUCGAUAAGUUUAACUAUGUCUACAGCUGCGAUCUAGAUACUUAUGUCUAUAUUAAAAUAGGAACUUUAGAAGGGAAACGAGAUCGAAAGUGUUUAAAAGCUCUUGUUGACGAUCCAGUCUUAAAAUUUUCAGGUCUUUAUGAAAGUGAGAAAGCAGAUCUAUUUGUAUCAUGCAAAGUCUAUGACAACAACGUUGAAUUAACACUGCCAACAAGAACAUCUUACAAACCUUUUAGCAGAAGAUGGAAUUGGAAUGAAUGGAUUAAAUUACCUAUCAAGUAUAGCGAUUUGCCAAGGAAUGCCCAGAUUGCUAUUACCAUUUGGGAUAUUUACGGGUCAAAGAAAGCUAUACCUGUUGGCGCAACAACGGUAUCACUAUUUGGCAAGAACGGAAUUUUCCGACGCGGAAUACAUGAUUUUAAAGUGUGGCCUGAUGUUGAGGCUGAUGGGAAGGUUAAUACUACUACCCCAGGUAAAAUGUCCGAUGACUGCUCUCAGAAACAAAUGAUGCGAUUAAGCAAGCUAAGCAAAAAACACCGUAAAGGCCGAAUGAAAGAAGUCGAUUGGCUUGAUAGGCUUGCUUUUAGAGAAAUUGAGCAAAUUAAUGAGAAAGAAAAAAGAGAUUCUAACAUGAUGUUUUUAAUGGUGGAAUUUCCACGGAUACAUCGUGAAAAUGACGAUUAUUGCAUUGUAUACUUUGAAAAGGAUGCAACUUCUGAAGAUGUUGUUAAGCCAUUAAAUGAUAUUAUUGUUUUACCGGAUCCAGAAUUGGAAUGUAGUAAUUUAGCUGAGAUGAAGCACCAUAAAUUGAUGCGAGCCCUAAGGACAGGAACACGCGAGCUUAAACCCAAUGCGGAAAUUAGAGACUUACUGAAUAUAAUUAUGAAUUAUCCGCCUACAAAGUUUUUAACGGCUGACGAAGAAGAUUUAAUCUGGAGAUUUCGUUUCUAUUUAUCCAGUUAUAAAAAAGCUCUUCCUAAAUUUUUAAGAUGUGUGAAGUGGGAUACACCUCAAGAAGCUAAGCAGGCAUUAGAAUUGUUGGAAAAGUGGUCACCAAUGGAUUUUGAUGAUGCGUUGGAAUUACUUUCGACAAAUUAUAAACAUGAAAAAGUACGUGGUUAUGCUGUAGCUAGAUUAUGGAAAGCCGAUGACGAGCACUUGCUGCUAUACCUUUUACAAUUAGUGCAAGCAUUAAAGUAUGAAAAUCUGGAUAGCAUUAUCUGUAAAUAUCAGAAACUUUACAUUGACGAUCUUUCGGAGCCAAUGUCAAGAACGGUCAUUGAUACAAUAAUUACUAAUAAACAAGAAUUUACUCAAGGAAAGGAGUCCGGUAAUAUUUCAAUUUCCUCUUCGCUGUCAAUAGAAGAAGAAGAGGAUGAAGAAUUGGCUCAGGAUCUAUCGUCCUUUCUUAUAUAUAGAGCGUGCAAAAAUGAUACUUUAGCAAACUACUUUUAUUGGUACUUACAUGUGGAAUGCGAAGAUCCUAAUUUAAAAAAAUCUGAUAAGAUUGCUAUCAUGUACAAAGCAGUCAUGAAGAUGUUUAUGAAUCGUUUAAAUAAUGGAGGUUACAAAUAUAAAAUGCGUGCUAGAAUGAUGCACAGGCAGCAAAAAUUCAUCGAUAAAUUACUAGUUUUGAUGUCCACCGUUGUUUCACAAGGUGGCAAUCGAAAGAAAAAGAUUGAACGAUUGCGUAUCCACAUAAAAUCGAUGGAGUUUACUACUUUCGACCCGCUACAGUUUCCUUUAGAUCCCAAUGUACAUAUAAAUGGAAUUAUUGCGGAUAAAGCAUCGCUAUUUAAGAGUAAUCUUAUGCCUGGUCGAUUACCUUUCAAGACAGUAGAUGAUCAUAUUUACGUUACUAUUUUCAAGAAUGGUGACGACCUUAGGCAGGAUCAGUUGAUUUUGCAAAUAAUCACAUUGAUGGAUAAGCUGUUAAGGAUGGAAAAUUUGGAUCUGAAAUUAACUCCAUAUAAAGUUUUAGCAACUAGUACAACGAGAUUUGUACAGUAUAUAACUUCCACCGCCGUAGCUGAGGUUUUAGGUGCUGAAGGUAGCAUUCAGAAUUUCUUCAGAAAACAUAAUCCAAGUGAAGGCGCGCCAUAUAGCAUUAAUCCAGAAGUUAUGGAUACUUACGUAAAGAGUUGUGCUGGAUAUUGCAUCAUCACGUAUUUACUUGGUAUUGGUGAUAGACAUUUGGACAAUUUAUUAUUAACUAAAUCAGGUAAUUUAUUCCAUAUCGAUUUUGGAUAUAUCCUUGGUAGAGAUCCUAAACCAUUCCCCCCUCCAAUGAAGCUUAGCAAAGAAAUGGUGGAAGGUAUGGGAGGCCAGUAUACAGAACAUUACCAGGAAUUUAGACAACUCUGCUAUACGGCGUUCUUGCAUCUUCGAAGAUCUGCAAACUUGAUCCUAAAUUUGUUCUCGCUGAUGUUGGAUGCAAACGUUCCAGAUAUUGCUAUGGAGCCUGAUAAAACUAUGAAAAAGGUUCAAGAUAAAUUUGUUUUAGAUCUAUCAGAUGAAGAAGCUGUAAAACAUAUUCAAUCAUUAAUUGAUGAAAGUGUCACAGCAUUAUUUCCAGUUGUAGUAGAACACAUCCAUAAGGUUGCCCAGGUAUAG